GGGCGGGGCGCGACUUCGGCCGCGCGCUCAUGCUCCGCGGGGCGGGUGUCGCCUCCUGUCUCGCCGCCGCUGCGUACCUCGCGUGUUCUGCCCACGGGAGCGGCGACCCCAAUGUCACGCUCUACUUUGGCUGCGGGUGCUUCUGGCACGUGCAGCACGAGUUCAUCACGGCGGAGAGGUCCAUCCUUGGGCGCACCGAUGCCGAGCUGACUGCUCUCGUCGGAUACGCUGGCGGUACGGGUUUGAACGACGUCGGGAAGGACGUCGGCCGGUGGUACCGGGCAGCGAUCGGCAUCCCUGGCGGCGUGUCUUCGCCAUUGUUCGCGGAUAUCCAGACUGCACAAACGGGGGUCGUGUCCCAGACUUUCCAGCUCCAGACGGGUUCUGGCGGGGAUGCUGACACGCUCGGGCAAGCGCUGGUUUGGGUUUACGAUUCCGAUCAGUUUCCCUUCUACCAGGGCGAGGUGUACCACCAGUUUCACGACGACAUGAUGGAGGACUACCCAGGCGAAUAUCCAGUUGCGCUGCUGCGUGUGUCCGUCACCGUGCUGGGGGAGGAGUGCAGGCUAGCGAGGGUAGUAUGGGGGCUGGGGCGGUGGUCUUAG